AUGGAGUUGAAGUCGGAGCUUCAACAGAUUUGGGGUAUAAAUUCAGACUGGCAACUGAUUCCGUUGGGAAAGGGAUUUUACACGCUCUAUUUUACUACGGCGACCAAUAAAGCUACAUCCAAGAAGAAGGUGAUCUGGGAACUUUCAAAGGGUCUUCUUCGGCUCUGGGAGUGGGCUCGCAACUUUGAUCCGUUCAAGGAAAACUCACCCUUGGGUAAUGUUUGGGUUCGAAUUCAUUAUCUUCCUAUCGAGUACUGGAAUUCACAAGUUAUCUCUGGAAUUGGACGUUACUUGGGCCAUCCUCUAAAGAUCGAUGGUGCUUCGGCAGGGAGAGAUUUUGGACAAUUCGCCCGUAUUCUUGUUGAAAUAGAUAUGUCUCUCCCUCUUCUUAAUACUCUUCUUAUUGAUAUGGAGGAUUUUUCUUUUCAGAUUGAGUUUGUUUUCGAAAAUCUCCCUCUAUAUUGUGGUCGUUGCAAGAUUACGGGACACUCCCCCGAUAGGUGCCGCAAGUCAAAGUUUGGGGGGAUGGGAGAACAGAAUGACACUGUGAAUGACAAGGGUAAGAUUACGCAAGUUCACAAUGGGCCGCAUUGGCAGGCGGCGAUUAACUCGAAUGAGCAGGCUGCAAACAUAAAUGUUCAACAACAAUUAGCUUGGAAGCCGGCGCAGCCAGAGUUUGGGCAGCAGCAGGCUGCCCCUUUGACGAAGCAGCAGCUAAGGGAAAUAGAUUCGAUGUACUUGCUAUUGAUGAAUCGAUUUUGUUGCAUGGGAAGGAUGUGGCUACGAUGA